CUGGUGCUCGUAGGUUCGUGGCUGCUCUCCAGUGUCGUUUCCUUUUUAAUAUAAUGGCCCUGUGAUGGCUCUCCUGGGCUCCUUCUCCUAUGAGGUUUAGGUCCUUUGUCAGGUCCCUGCUUUAGACUCCGACCUAAAGCACGAAACUUCUCUUCUUGCUGGCCAAGUCCUGGCUCAGUUACUUUCGGCUUGAGUUGGAGCCUCUUUCUUUACUUUCUGCAGCCAAGGUCGUCUUUUCCUGGCCAGAUCCUUUCGUGUCCCUAAGUACUGGUACUUAUCAGAACGUGUGUUCCUGCGUAUAUUUGGAAAACAUGGUCGCCGCAUCUGUACUUCCCCCGGCCCCCCACUGUGUCUUGCAAACCAUCAAGUGCCGUUUAAGUGCCACUUACUUUGGACAAAGUGUUGUCUUUCCCAGAUCCACUGCUUACUAGGUGUGUUAAGAGUCUUCUGGGCCAUUAUGGCAGUCAAGUGGACUGGUGGACAAUCUUCAGUUCUCUGCUUGAAUGCAAGUAAAGAAGGGUUAGUCGCUUCUGGAGCAGAGGGUGGAGAUCUCAUGACUUGGGGUGAAGAUGGGACUCCAGUAGGACACAUGCGAUUCCAGGGAGCUGAUGAUGUUACGAGUGUCUUAUUCUCCCCUACCUGCCCCAACAAGCUCUAUGCCUCACAUGGAGAAAACGUUAGCAUUCUGGAUGUCAGGUCACUCAAAGAUUCCCUGGAUCAUUUUCAUGUGAAUGAAGAAGAAAUCAAUUGUCUUUCAUUGAAUGAAACAGAAAACCUGCUGGCUUCUGCUGAUGACUCUGGGGCAAUCAAAAUCCUAGACUUGGAAAAUAAGAAAGUUAGCAGAUCCCUGAAGAGACAUUCCAAUAUCUGUUCUUCUGUGGCUUUUCGGCCUCAAAGGCCUCAGAGCCUGGUGUCAUGUGGACUGGAUAUGCAGGUGAUGCUGUGGAACCUUCAGAAAGCCCGGCCACUCUGGAUUACAAACUUACAGGAGGAUGAAACAAAAGAGUUAGAAAGCCCACAAUCUCCUGGUCAGCUCUUAAACCCUGCUCUAGCCCACUCUGUCUCUGUGGCAUCAUGUGGCAAUAUUUUUAGUUGUGGUGCAGAGGAUGGUAAGGUUCGAAUUUUUAGGGUGAUGGGAGUCAAGUGUGAACAGGAACUGGGAUUUAGGGGCCAUGCUUCGGGGGUAUCCCAAGUCUGCUUUCUGCCAGAAUCCUAUUUGCUGCUUACUGGAGGGAAUGAUGGAAAGAUUAUGUUGUGGGAUAUGAGCAGUGAAGUUGAGAAAAAACAGAAGAGUCCUACAAAACAUACUCACAGGAGGAAAACUAAAAGAGCAACUUAUACCAAGCAGGGUGGAAACACUGAUGCUUCAGUUACAGAUGAAGAACAUGGAAAAAUUUUACCAAAGCUAAGUAUUGAGCAUGGAGAAAAAGUGAACUGGCUCUUAGGUACAAAAAUAAAGGGAUGCCAAAAUAUAUUAGUAGCUGAUCAGACUAGUUGUAUAUCUCUAUAUCCCUUAAAUGAAUUUUAAGUCCAAUAAAAACAUUUGAAGAACUGUGGCAAACUUUUUUUUUUAGGUUAAAAAAAAUCCUGAUUCUUCAUUUUAAUUUUGUCAUAUGUAAAAUUAUACCAUUCCAUUGUUGAAAUUUUAGGACACUUGGGUAAAAGAAGACAAUUGGGUAAUACUUCAUAUAGUAAAUGACAAAAUUUAGAAGAAGAAAGGCAAAUAAAAACAAAAAACAGAAAAAUUAGGGGAAAGAAAACUCAUAUUCAUUGAGUUCUGACCAUGUAACAGCCAUUUUACAUAUAUAUCAUUUCGUAUUCCAAAUCAAUGAAGUGGAUGAUUUUCACCAUUUUAAUGCCACAGGAAUCAAGACUCAGAUAUGUUAAGUAACUUGAGGAUCCAGGAGAAAUGCAGGCACAAUUACUUGCUUGAAAAGGACCUUGAUUAUCUUGUCCAGCUUCCUGUCUUAGAGAAGCCCACAUCCUGAGCCAAAUGUGGUCACUGCAUUGGUUAUAACAUUAGUUAUUUCUAAUCCCAAGAGUGACGAUCCUUACCAAGUUGGAAGAGGAAACCCGUUCUUUCUUUUGUGUAAAGUCCAGAGGCUUUGCUGGCAAUUACCUUUUACACAUGUUUCUAAGAGAAGGGGAUCAAAGUCGAAUCAGUUGAGAAUAUUAUGCAUGCUAAGUUGCCCUCUUGGAGAUUCUCAAUGAAUAUUGUAUUAUUAAAGGGUUUGAGAAGUCCUCAUCUUAAAUUGUCUAUAAUCAGUUUCUAAAAUUGACCUUACAAUCGUUUUUGCAUGAAUCCUUUUUGCAUGAAAUACCUAUUCACAUCUCGCAGAUCUAGUUUUCUGAAAAACAGUUUGGGACUCUUGCUGCAAGUGACAGAAUGGCUUAUGGGAGUUAAAAAUGAAUUUUAUGGGUUCACAUAACUGAGAAAUCCAGGGAAAGGCAUGAUGUUUGAUAUUUUUUUCUCUCUGUUAGCUCUGCUUCCCAUGGAUAUAGCUUCAUAGUUUCCUACCCCAACUGAAAGUGAGUCUCUUUUCAAAGGUUCCAGCAAAAUUCCCAAGACUGACCAUAGGUCCUUAUUGUGUCACAUGCUCAUUACAGAGUGAGUCACUAUUAUGACUAGUGUAAAGCCUGGGUCAUUUACCCAUCCUUGUGGUUGGAGGGAGAUGAAAUGGAGAGAGACUUCUGUAUAGAGUGAAGUUAGUUUUUUACUUAGAAGGAAAGCAAACAUUCUUUCUGUCUAGUACAAAUCAAAUUAAUUUUCUUUAAAAGGACUCUAAGCAUAUUUAAGCACUUCCUAAUGCUUUACAAACUAAAAAAAAAUUUUUCAAGUUGAUACACAAUUCUGAAUAAAAGAAGUUCCUUCCAUUCAUGCUAGAAGGCAAUUAAGGAGAAAUGAAUAUGCACGAAUGGAAGCAGUUGGAUUCAGCUACAGUAGCCAUAUCUGAACCAAGGUGAUAUCUUUUAUAUAAGGCAACUGAUUAAAAAAGCAAGGUCCCUAAUAUUAGUUUUCCAUAUGAUCAAGAUUUUUGACUUUUUGUUUGUAAGAAUGUUACCUAAGGGAAAUGAACCUUUUUCAGUUAACUUUGUACAAUAUUUAAUUCUUUGGUAAUUUGUUUGAAUUUUGUGACUAACAUUCCAGAACUUCAUUUUUACUGCAAAAUAAACACCUUGGCUUA